AUGUCGUCAUCUCAAUCAGACAAAACAAAACACAAUGCUAUCCCAUCAUCGUCAUCCAUCGUGAAACGAACUCAUUCAGAAAUUUAUGGAUUUGUUGGAUGGACCGUUACCUUUGCAAUUCUCUUCUUGUAUUUUGUAUAUUCCUUUGUUCCUGAAAUUUGGUUGCAUAAAAUCGGGAUCGCCUAUUAUCCCGAUAAAUACUGGGCAAUGAGUAUUCCUGCUUUUCUCUGUAUGAUAUGGAUGGCUGGCUUCUUUCUCAAUUACUUUUACUUACACUAUAGUGCCUAUCCAUUGGAUGAUAUUCGAUGCAUUCAAGAUGAAAAAACAAAUUAUUUAACGCGACAAGAUAUUGUAAUUGGAACCUAUAGUGCAGAAGCAGAUCAAGAGAACAGCAAAAACUCCAAAAAGAAGAAUUAUUCACAACAUCAUUUGAUAGAUCACACACAAGCAGAUGAGAUUAUUCUUGAUGAAUAUCCAACGGUUCCUAUUGUGAGGGAUAUUCCAUUGGAUCUUGUGAAUGAAUUGUUGUUUGAAAAUUAA